CAAGAGGGCAGGUGAGAGAGUUGCUGAAAUAUCUAAAGGGUUGGACCUCGAGAUUGGUGAAUGGACUCUUCUCGGUGCUCGCUUUCCACUGGAGAGGGCACAGGACGCUGACGUGGGAACGAAUGCACUGUUGACUUACCAGCUCACCAGCAACCCAUCUUUCUCUCUGGCCUUAAAGGAGAGUCCUGACGAGAGCAAGCAGCCGGAAUUGGUGCUGGAGGGAGCGUUGGAUCGGGAGAAGCAGAGUUCCUUUGAGCUGGUGCUUACGGCAGUGGACGGCGGGGACCCCGCGAGAUCCGGGACUGUCCAGAUUCGGGUCAACGUGACGGACUUAAACGACAACCCACCCCUGUUCAGCAGAAGUGUCUACGAGGCGCGAGUGGCGGAGAAUCUGCCAGCAGGGUCGCUCGUGCUGAGGGUACGGGCGACAGACGUGGACGCGGGAACCAACGGGCAGGUCUCUUACUCCUUCAGCAACGUCCACGGCACCAUCACCGCAUUGUUCACUAUUGACAGUGAGAGUGGCGAGGUCAGGACGGCGGGUCCAAUCGAUUUCGAGGAGAAGAGCAAAUACAUAUUUGGUCUGGAGGCGAGGGAUGGGGGGGGUUUGGUAUCACACUGCAAGGUGCAAAUAGACAUCAUGGACGAGAAUGACAACCCGCCCGAGAUCACCAUUCUGUCGCUCUCGAGUCCCGUGCCCGAAGACUCGCCAGCUGGCACCGUGGUGGCCCUGCUGAAUGUGAACGACCCAGACUCUGGCGAGAACGGUCAGGUGUGGUGCGAGCUGUCGGGAGAGGCGCCGCUGUCGAUCGUGGCGUCGUCGGGCGGCUCGUACAAGGUGGUGACGACGGGCGCGCUGGACCGGGAGCAGGCGUCGGAGCAUGGCGUGACGGUGGUGGCCCGGGACCGGGGCAGGCCGGCGCUGUGGAGCAGCAGGGAGCUGGUGCUGGAGGUGUCGGACGUGAACGACAACGCGCCGGUGUUCGAGGAGGCGGCGUACAGCGCGUACGUGGCGGAGAACAACGCGGCGGGCGCGCUGGUGCUGCGCGUGCAGGCGCGGGACGCGGACGCGGGCGCCAACGGGCGCGUGAGCUACUGGCUGGCGGGCGGCAGCGCGGGCGCGGCGGGCGCGGCGCCGCUCGUGUCGGUGGAGGCGCGGAGCGGCGCGCUGUACGCGCAGCGCUCCCUGGACUACGAGCAGUGCCGCGAGUUCACGGUGGCCGUGCGGGCGCAGGACGGCGGCUCGCCGGCGCGCAGCUCCACGGCCACGGUGCGCGUCUUCGUGCUGGACCGCAACGACAACGCGCCCAGGGUGCUGUGGCCGGCGGCGGCGGCGGCGGCGGGAGAGGCGGCGGGAGGGGCGGCGACGCCUUUCGAGGUGGUGCCGCGUUCGGCCGAGGCCGGCUACCUGGUGGCCAAGGUGGUGGCGGUGGACGCGGACGCGGGGCGCAACGCGUGGCUGUCGUACGAGCUGGUGCAGGCGUCGGAGCCGGCGCUGUUCCGCGUGGGGCUGCACAGCGGCGAGGUGCGCACGGCGCGCGCCGUGUCCGAGCGGGACGCGGCCAAGCAGCGUGUGGUGGCCGUGGUGAAGGACCACGGGCAGCCGGCGCUGUCGGCCACGGCCACGCUGCACGUGGUGCUGGCCGAGAGCUUGCAGGAGGCGCUGCCGGAGCUGAGCGAGCGGCCGGCGGGCGCCGAGGAGGAGGCGGCGGCGGCGGCCGAGCUGCAGUUCUACCUGGUGCUGGCGCUGGCGCUGCUGUCGGCGCUCUUGGUGCUGAGCGUGGCGCUGGCCGUGCUGGCGCGGCUGCGCCGGGCCGGGCCGCCCGCCGUGCUGCGCUGCCUGGGCGCGCAGCGCUUCUCGCUGGCCGGCGCCGCCUUCCCGGCCGACUUCUGCGAGGGCACCUUGCCCUACUCCUACAACCUGUGCGUGGCGGCGCCGGCCCGCGCCGUGCCCGAGGCCGCUUGGCCGCCGCCGCCGCCGGUGCCCGUCCUGUCGGCGGAGGAGCUGCUGGGCGGCGAUUCCUGCGAGAAGCCGAGCUCCAACAGCAGCGCUAUCGAGGGAGAAGUGUCUGCCCAAGCCGACCUACCGCAGGUCUGUAAAACCGUCCUUAAUCCGGGGAUCGACAGAGAGCAGCUGUGCCGGCUGGUGGAGAAAUGCGUGCUGCGCUGUGAGCUGAUAGUGGAGGGACAGAUGCAGGUUUACCGAAUAGAAGUGGAAAUCACGGACAUUAACGACAACGCGCCGAGCUUCAGAGAGGCAGAAGCAGAGCUGAGAAUUAGCGAAAUUAUAGCCUCGGGGGCGAGGUUUCCACUUCCCAGGGCACAUGACCCCGAUACGGGCCGGACUUCCCUGCAGAGCUACGAGCUGAGCAGUGACGAGCACUUCUCGCUGGCCGUGCAGGCGGGCCCCGGCGGCGAUCAGCGUCCCGAGCUGGUGCUGGCCAAGGCGCUGGACCGGGAGGAGGCGGCGUUUCACGAGCUGGUGCUGAGGGCGAUGGACGGCGGCGAUCCGGCACGGACGGGCACGGCUCGGAUCCGCGUGACGGUGCUGGACGCGAACGACAACGCGCCCGUGUUCAGCCAGGCGGAGUACACGGUGCGAGUGCCCGAGGACGUGCCCGUGGGCUCUGUCCUCGUCACCGUCACGGCUACGGACGGCGACGAGGGGCUGAAUGGGCAGGUGAAAUACAGCUUCCAUAAAAUUUCAGACCGGGCGUCGGAACUUUUCCAGCUGGACUCUGAGUCAGGACAAAUAUUGCUUAAAAAUGCCUUCGACUUCGAGAAAAUCUCCUUCCACGAACUUGAGGUUCAGGCCCAUGAUGGAGGAGAGCUUUCUGACACGGCGAAAAUUACUAUCACAGUGACAGAUGUCAACGACAAUGCACCCGAGAUUUCUGUGCAAUCAGCACUGAGCGAGAUUUCUGAAGACUCCCCGAGGGGGACAGUGGUGGCACUUUUGCGUGUCCAGGAUCUGGACUCCGGGGCUAACGGCCAGGUGCGCUGCUCCCUCGAUGGGGAUGUCCCAUUCCGGCUGGAGAGCUCUCGCGGCAGCUAUUACAGCGUGGUGACAGCGAGCGAGCUGGACCGGGAGCAGGUGUGGGAGUACAACGUGACGGUGCGGGCGGCGGACGGCGGGUCGCCGUCGCUGCAGAGCAGCGCGGUGCUGGCGCUGCGGGUGCUGGACGUGAACGACAACGCGCCGGUGUUCUUGGAGGAGCGCUACAGCGCGCGGCUGGCGGAGAACAACGCGGCGGGCGCGCUGGUGCUGACGGUGCGCGCCACGGACGCGGACUGGGGGCAGAACGCGCGCGUGCGCUACCGGCUGGCGGAGGGGCGGGUGCGGGGCGCGCCGCUGUCGUCGUACGUGUCGGUGCAGGCGGAGACGGGCGCGCUGUACGCGCUGCGCUCCUUGGACUACGAGCAGGUGCGCGAGCUGCAGCUGUGGGUGCGGGCGGAGGACGGCGGCGCGCCGGCGCUGAGCAGCAACGUGUCGGUGCGGCUGCUGAUCGUGGACGAGAACGACAACGCGCCGCAGGUGCUGUACCCGCCGGCGGGCGCAGCGGCGGGCUCGGGCGCGGCGUGGUCGGGCGUGGAGCUGGCGCCGCGCCGGUCGGAGGCCGGCGCGCUGGUGGCCAAGGUGGUGGCGGUGGACGCGGACGCGGGGCAGAACGCGUGGCUGUCCUACGAGCUGGCCAAGGCCACGGAGCCGGGGCUGUUCCGCGUGGGGCUGCACAGCGGCGAGGUGCGCACGGCGCGCUCGCCGCUGGCCCGCGACGCGGCGCGCCACAGCCUGGUGGUGCUGGUGCGGGACCACGGGCGGCCGGCGCUCUCGGCCACGGCCACGCUGAGCGUGGUGCUGGCCGAGAGCGUGGCCGAGCUGCUGGCCGAGCUGGGCAGCGCGGCCGACGAGGCGGCGGCGCCGGGCGAGCCGGCCGCCAGCCUGACGCGCUGGCUCGUGCUGGCCGUGGCCGCCGUGUCGUGCCUCUUCGUGGCCUUCCUGCUGCUGCUGCUGGCGCUGCGCCUGCGCCGCUGGCACCGCCAGCAGCUGCUGCCGGCCGACAGCGGCGCCCUGCGCGGCGUGCCCGUGUCGCACUUCGUGGGCAUCGACGGCGUGCGCGCCUUCCUGCAGUCCUACUCGCACGACGUGUCGCUCACGGCCGACUCGCGCAAGAGCCAGCUGCGCUUCUCGGCCGCCAGCUGCUGCGACCCCCUCCCGGCCCGCCCGCCGCCCGACGAGCCCGCGCCGCUGCUCGGGGACCAGGACCCCGCCGGCGCCCUGCCCGCGCCUUCUGCCCCUCCCUCGGUGAGUUUCUCUCUCCACAUUUUCUCUGCCACGCUUUCUUCUGAUGCUCCCCUGCCCUUUCCCCGCCGUGUUCCCUGUCUUGCAUAGGAGAUUUUGCUUCAAGCAUAGUAGAUUUUCUGUCGAUGAAAUUCUGAAGGCUGGUGCACUUUGCUGUCGUCAUGUGAACACGGGGUAGGUUCCCCCCCGUGCCUCCCAGUUAGUGAAGAAGGAAGGAGG